AUGUCCACAAAGACAGCCCCUCUCACUACCCUCGAACACCUCCCCAGCGAAGUGCAAAUCCUCAUCUUUGAGCACCUCCAACACUCUGCCGAAAAACCUCUCCUCGCCAAGCUCAUCCUUCUCUCUCGCCAACUCCACACCGACCUCAUCCCCAUCCUCUACGAAAGAGUCAGCAUCACCUCCAAAAAUGCGUCCUUGUUCUUCUCCGGUCUAGAGCACGACGCCGAGAUGUUUGAAGAAGAGAAGGCGCGUUGGGUCGAUAUGCCCUGGGAAGAACGAGCGUCGCCCGCAGCUAGGCGGAUGUACCUCCUCAGCCUCGUUCAGACCGUCUCUAUCCACGACCUCGAUGCUCUCCUCGCAUGUUGCUCAGCAAUCGCAACGUUGGAAAGACUUUUACUGCCCUUCCCGCAGGUGGAUCAUCUCCCCGGCCCCAGAUUAUUGCUGUUCAGUGGGCUGAAGACUGUUGGGGACAUCACAACGCCCAACGGUCUUCAUCUACCUCGUUCUUUCUUCACCUCCAUUCGUCAUGUUCCUUCACUUCCCAAUGAGAUAAUCAACAGCGCUGGUCAUUUCGCUCGGCCUGCUUCCAUCAUUAGCCUCACCGGCACCCAGGAAGUCUUGACCUUCCACCACGACGUGCAUAAGCUGUUAUUCGAUAUCCUGCGCUUUAUUUGGCCCGCUGCGCUGAUACUGCAUAAUACGGACCUGAGCGAUCUCUAUUUUAUCCAAACGAACUGUCUCACGUGGGUAUACGUGAAGAUGCAGAAAACGAAGGCGAGGGGAAAUAAACACGAACAGCAGCUGAUGGACCUCUUGGGCUGGUGUUCAUAUGAGGACAGGGAGAUGAAGGUUCUCGUUGAUAAUUACUCUUUCGAGCGCGGCGAGGGCUCAAAAGAGGUAGUCGCGAGAAUGAUGAAGAUGCUAAAGCAGAUCUGGCCCAGCCAUCAUACGAAGCUUUUCCUCGCAGAGCGAGGGUGUACAGUGGCGGACAAGCUAGUACCGGGGCAUGAAGAAGAGCCCGAGACCACAAAGCCAGCGAGGCCGGUACACAAAGCUGCCCGACGGACACGAUCAGUCAACACCAGUCCCCGCACUUUGGAGAAGAAAGCGACCUCACGCGGAAGGCCGAGUUUGGACCAGGUCGCCGAAGCGCAGGAGGCUGGUCAGAGUGCGUAUCCGACACCGAACAAGACGCCGAGGAGGAUUGUCGUGCAUGAUGAACUUCCUUCGGCCGAGGGGUCGCGCAAGAAUGACGGACUGAUCUUGCUGCUUCGUGUUAUGGAAGAGGCGGAAGAGAGCGAUAGUGACAGGGAUAGUGACCGCGGUGAUGGCGCCUCACCCCCACCUGUGCCCAUGCUCCGUGCGGGCUAUCAACAUGAAGGGUUUCUAAUCUAA